CUGUAAGUGCCGGCUUAACUAUAAAACACAUAAAUGAACGCAGCACCAAAAAAUUUACACCUAAAUUGAAACGCACUGCGAAAUAAAAAUAUAUUGUGCCUGAGUUGUGGAGUUUUUAAAUGGUAUCGCCGCGCAAGCCCGCUUCCUCCGCCAGUGCUGCGCCUCGCCUAGAGAACAAUAACAACAACAAUAACAGCAUGUCGACCAAAAGCUGUGAGAGCCUCUUCUCGGCAAGCUCCCGCGAAUCGGCGAGCCAAAUCUAUCAGCGCAAGCAGCUUCCCCGUACUGGCAUGAAGUCCAGCAGCAAUGGCGCUAUGCGUCAGCCUGCCAUGGUACCCAGCAACACCAACAGCGAAAUACAUCAGCGUGUGAUGUCGGCGCGCAAUCUACGCAUGAAAACCUUUCAGAAUCAGCUGGCCGAUGCCCAAACCGAGAUUGCUAAUCUGGCGCACGAGAAUCGCAUGUUGCGCACCAUGCAUAAACGACAAUCCAAUGCGCUGAAUAAAUACGAGUCCACGGGAGCAGAAUUGCCGCAGCUGUUGCAUUCCCAUGCCGAAGAGCUACGCGUCUGGCAGACCAAAUUUCGCAAUGUGCAAGCAGCCAACAAGGAUCUGGAGGUGAAAAUCAAGCAGAAAGAGGCACAAAUAUUGGCGCUAAGCGAUCAGAACAAGCACUAUAGUCAGCUAAAUAAGGAUAGAAACCUCGAUGAGCGCCAGAAAUUGCAGGAGAAGCUGCGUACAUUGGAGCAGCGUUUGAUCGAAAAGGAUAACGAUAUGAAGCUCAUGUCACGCAAGUUGCAGCUGGAAACGAAAAACUGUCGCCAGCAGCUGCUGAAUGAACAGAAGCGCUGCAAGGAAGUGUUGCUCAAGCUUGAGAAGGCCAGAUUGGAGCUUAGUGGCUAUCGCAAGUUGGAAGAAUUUACACUUAAUGACAAGUGCUCGGGGCGUCGCGCCAAGUUGAAUGUCUUGGAGGACCUUGAUCAAUUUGAAAGCCUUGAAAAGCUAGAGAAAUCACUGGAAACUUUGGACAGUGCCAUUGAGAAACAAAAUGAAGCUGACUUUAAUGCGAUGGGCUUGUCUAGCAAGUCCCCAUUCUAUGCUAAAAAAGAUGGCGACGAUGAGGAUAAGAGCUCACUACUAUCUGAUGUGCCUGAUGAGGAGGAAAAGCCUACAAAGCCCAAACUGGUGCUGCCACCAGCUGUGAAGCCCGUUGGUAACACGACAGUUACUGGAUCGCGACCAUCACUCAAUCAGCUGUUGAAUCAAAAUAAAACCAAUGCGAGCGGUAGCAAGUCUACCUUACGCCAGCGUGCUGGUGGACUACCCUUAGCUAGCGCUAGCUCGACUACUAGCAAACGUCGUGAUGCCAAUUUGUCCUUAAAGCAGGCCACAAGCGAAACAAAGUCAAACAAAACGCCCAAGACAUUGGAAUUUGAUUAUGCGGAAGACUAUGAGCAGGAGGAUGCAGGUAUUGAUGGUGAGGAGGACAUGGAUAAUUAUGGGGCAAUGGGCAAUGCGUCUGAAGGCGCUGAUGAUAACGAUGAGGAGAAUCCAAAUGAAAUGAGCAUUGUCAACUACUCUACGUAUAUGGAAACCAAGACCGAAAUUAAUGAGAUGCUGGACAUGACUGAGGAAGAUGACUAUGAUGACGAUUCUUCUUCACAACUUACAAGUGGCGACACAUCUAAAGCCACACCCGUCAAGGGCAAUGGACGUCCGCCCAGCAUGAAGGAGAAUAUGUCCAGCAUACGCAAGCAGAUCUCCGAUGAUUACAAGGAGCGUGAGAGCUUCCUGAAUACUUUCUGUCGCCAGGCCUCAGGCAGCAGUGUGCGCGAUGAUCCCUCCAAGAAGAAGCGCAACAGCAUUUCCACUGGCGCCCCUGCGGGACAAACCGUAGGAAGUCGCAAGCAUGCGCUACUUGCUGCGCUCAAGGCUAUCGAUGAUAACAAGAGCCAGGAUUAAAGUUGCUAACAGUUCAACCUAGACUAAGCUAUGUUAAAUUAUAUAUUUUGCAAUUGAUUGUAAGUAAAGAGCGCGCGCUGCGCUGCAGUUGCAGCAAGUGCGGCAACUGCUGCACAGCAUGUUGGCUGCCAUAUGGAUGACCUACCCAUGGCAGGCUCUGUGUGCAACAGUUGCUGCACUUGACUACAAUUGCUGCGCCGCUUCAAACGCAAAAAAAGUA